AUGAGAAUCCGGAAGCAAAACCACUUGUGCGCUUUAUAUAUUCCAAAAGCCAAUGUUCGUGCAACAGAACGUCUUAAAAAUACAGCACCUAAUUUGUCAGUGUGUCAAUACUCACCCUCGAAUGACUGCGCCGUAUGUUUCCACCAGGUGCAACUUUCCGAAAACAACAAAUGCCGUCAGCCCAAAGAGUAUGGCUUCCAAAGAAAACAUAAGAAAAAAAGUGAAAAGUGUCGUGGAUCAAUUAUGUUUAAUGGAAGAACAGACAAACCGUCUCCUUUACCUUCAUCUAUUUUCAUUUUGGUUUUGAUCUUUUUUUUUAUGAUUAUGAUUAUGCUUGUGCUUACUGCUUUCAUUAUUAAGCCCUCCAAGGAUGCUUUACGUACUCACUUUGACGGUGGUACGAAUCUCAAGGCCCAUUAG